CACAACCUUAUCCAAAGAGCAAAUCCAGUGCCUCAAACAAGCCGUCUCAUCACCAACCUCUUCCGACGAUCAGCAGCAGCAGGAGAAGGAGCAUAAUUGGUGGCUGAAGGCCUUGUAUGGUGGUGCAGGCGGCAAGCUACUCAACACCCACACUACCACCGUCAGUCCAACAGCGAUCGACAGUAACGAUAUAAGCACGGCUUCCGAGUCGGGCGAUUCUACCAUUGCUACGGAUACUCCGCCAGCGACUUGGCCACGGCCGCCGACUUAGGCGACGAGAUCGCCACGCCUAGUCCACCCCCUUAUAAGUCAUUGGAGCCUCCGGAUGGGGAUCCUGCUUCAGCAGCUGAGAUGACAGGCCCUCCAUCAGGGAAACGACUACGUGACUGUGAAGGCUUGAACGCUAGAAUUUCCCGUAGGCGCUUGGGUAGUGAAUCACGACCUGCAGAUGGUGAACAAUCAUACUCUGAGGGCAUCCUUGGAGCAUCAAAGCUCAAAAGGCAACAGGACGUCGACACCUGUUCGCCAUACCCUGUAACCCUAUUUGUUUCGAAGCUCAACGAAAUCCUCAGGAGAACCCAACACUUGGAGGAGGAGAAUGGUGUUCUCAAGGCUGAGCUGUCUAUUAUGCGGAAAAGCCAACACCAAAUGAAUGCCAAGGUGGAAGAGAUGAUUGAUAGGGAUCACAAAUAUGUGAAAAGAAUCCAGGACUUGGAGAAUGAGAGUGCUGCUCUCGCAACCCAGAUUAACAAUCUGAGGCAAAGUCAUGACGACAUGGGGGAACGCCAAACUGAUCUCGAGGAUUGUCAAACUGAUCUCGAGGAACGUCAAGCCGAACUCCUGGAACGUCAAACCGAACUUGAGGAAGAUCAAGCCGAACUCAACGUCCGUCAGGAGAAAACAGAGGAAAAGUGUGAUACGAUCGAUGUUGAGAUCAUGGAUCAAGUACACACCGCGGUGAGGAAUAGGCUCAUAGGUGCCUUGGAAACAAUGUGAACGUGACCGAGCCCCUGAAACGCAGUCCUGUUUCUGUGCCUUGUCCAACUACGAAGUCAACAUCACGUUAUGUUUGACGAUCGUGUGGGAUGGUAAUAUGUAUAAGAAGUGCUGUACCCCAAACUUGCCCAGUCACUGCUUACAGAAAUGGUCGGCUCGAAGGAUUC